GGGAAGAGCGAACCAGCAGCAGUAGUAGCAGCAGCAGCUGCCCUGCUCCAUCUGCGCACCGCUGUCUGCAGCACGGACACCGGCUCGGUCCGCCGCCUCUCCACCGUUGAGGUGAGGCUGCACCCCGUAACCCCGUCACCUCCUCAUCCUUCUCCUCCUCCAGUCCUUCUGGGAGCACAAUGCGCUGAUCUCUUUGGCAGGAUGAUUUCUGUUGUUUCCACGGUGGAGAGCGUUCCGAGAGGUACAGGCACCCCGGCGCCCAGUCUUUACCAGCGGAUCAGGAAGGUCCUAACCAGAGACCUCCUGGUGACCCUGGCUAUGGGCCAGGUCUUGUCCUUGUUAAUCUGUGCUAUUAGUCUGACUAGCAAGUACCUGGCUGAUGACUUACACGCUAACACACCAGUGUUCCAGAGCUUUCUCAACUACAUCCUGCUAUUUUUGGUCUACACCACGACACUGGCAGUCCGGCAAGGUGAAGGGAACUUGCUGGCCAUUCUGAAGCAACGCUGGUGGAAAUACAUGAUUCUGGGUUUGGUAGACAUCGAGGCCAACUAUCUGGUCCUGAAGGCCUACCAGUACACUACACUCUCCAGUGUACAGUUGUUAGACGGUUUUGUCAUCCCGGUUGUCCUGCUGCUGUCCUGGUUUUUUCUCUUGGUGAGGUACAAGGCAGCCCACUUUGUUGGGGCAGGGCUGUGCCUCUUGGGUAUCGGCUGCAUGGUCGGAGCUGAUAUCCUACUUGGUCGGCAGCAAGGCCUCGGCGAACAGAAGCUAUUUGGGGAUCUUUUGGUUCUGGGAGGAGCAACACUGUAUGGGAUCUCCAACAUCUGUGAGGAAUUCAUUGUGAAGAACCUGAGCCGUGUGGAGUUCCUCGGGAUGAUGGGACUCUUCGGAUCCUUCUUUAGCGGCAUCCAACUGGCAAUCAUGGAACACAAGGAGCUGCUGAAGGUAUCCUGGGACUGGCAGAUAGGUCUACUCUACGUUGGCUUUAGUGGUUUCAUGUUUGGCCUGUACAGCUUCAUGCCCGUGGUGAUAAAGAGGACGAGUGCCACCUCAGUCAAUCUCUCUCUGCUCACAUCGGACCUAUACAGCCUCUUUUGUGGUAUCUUCCUCUUUCAAUACAAGUUCUCUGGCCUCUACCUGUUGUCAUUUGUCGUCAUUAUCUUGGGCUUGGUCUUUUACGCCUCCUCAUCUACCUAUGUGGUCCAGGAUCCACGAGUCUACAAGCAGUUCAGGAACACAGGCAGCCAGUUGGCCAACGACCCAACCCAACUUAGGCCUGGAGUACCAGAACCUUCUGUCACCUACACCAGCCUGGGCCCCGAGCCGGGUGAUGAGCUUCCUGUACGUGUAGACUAAGUUGAUCUGACUACACAAAUGACCAGAAUGUAAUUAAAUCAAAAAGCAAGUGAAUAUGUUGAGUUCACUGUGAUCAAAGAAUGAGUAGACGGUAGUGACUGUAAAUUAUCAUUAAUGUAAAUAGAUGGUAUUGUCAUUUGAAUGGUUCUUCUCCUUUCUUUUUAUAUCUGUCAAGAAUCUUUUUGAGUAUUCCCUUUAUAUAUGCUGAAACUGUGUUAUUUUCAGUUUAACACACUGGAGUCACUUGUGUUCAUAGUAUUGGCAGACAGCUCCUCGUGGUUCAUUGAACAACUUUGUCACCAAGGUACUAUAUUUUGCUGUGUAUUUUGAACAUGGAUAUAAUGUAGGCUGGUAUAAAUAUAUUUGGAUAUCAUAUAUAUAAGUUUGAAUACUUAUAACACCAAAAAAUGCUUUCAGUAUUUCCUCUCCAGAAGUUCAUAGAGAAUUUGAAUUUACAGAAAAUAAUUCAAACAAUUGAUGGAAAAUUUAAGAAUAAAGUUCAUGACCUCA